GACGUGGCACUCGCAAGGUUUCCGCCGCUAUCGCCAUUGUGGAAGAUAAACUGAGGCAUUUCAACACAGGUCGCUCUUUAAAAAUGGUUGGAAAUUAUUGUGCGGUAAAGAAUUGCAACAACCGAUCGAAUAGAAAAAGGAGAAUGUACAGCUCGACGGAACACCAUUGAGUUUCUUCCGGAUCCCUACAUGGAGAAAAGGCGAGGGAAAGCUCAUAUCUGAACUUACCAAACGUCGAAGAAUGGCAUGGGUGGCCUCGAUCAGAAGGAAGGGCAUAACGUUUGAUUCUCCAGUUACACACUGAGUUUGCUCUAUGCACUUCCACUCCGGUAAGUUAAUUUCGUUUGUUUACGCAAAUUUCAGUAACUUUACGCCCUAAGUCGGCCUGUUGUUAGCUAUUGCUACAGCUAAACAACUAGCAUGCAUACAUGUGCAUUGUCUUCAUAAGACAUAAUUCAUGUCGUUGCUAAAUGAAAAAGCUGUAAUAUUUUGACGUGAGAGAGUGGCAAAGAAUUUGUACACAGGCUACAUUUUAUGCAGCAAAAGUUUUGUACAUCCGUGGUCACAGACUAAUGUAAACACACAUUGCCUACCUUUGCUAGAAAGAUGGUGUUGCCGUUUGCUAUGGUCAUAAAGUGAAGAUCCUGCACCCAUCCGCAGCAAAACUGUUCGUAGCUUUGUAGCGAUUUGUAGUUUCGGAAUUGCUGAUGAGUGUAGUAACAUAUACCAAACACUAAAUACAGCAUGAUGUCCAUUUCGCGUAGUGGUGGAAGCUUGUCGACAUCUUUAUUCCAUUUGUGUUCGGCUUGCUCGUGAGGGUCAAUAUUGUUCACAUCCUUAAAAUUGCUCACAUAUCUGUCCUUCGCCGUGGUAACAAGUUUGUCUCUGUAUCGAACUGGCAAGUAUUCCUUACUUUUUUCCAUCUUUGGUUGCCGCUAAGUUUAAAUGUCCCGUGAUGCUUCCGCAAUGGUUGCGUUGUCGCAAAUCUCGCAUGAUCCCGUGCUGCUGUGACGUAAACGCUCGAGCCUAAUUAGUGCACGUUUUACUGCUCGUCAACAUUAAUACUCAAAAUGGUGAAGUCGUGUGUGGCGGUCGGUUGCAAAAACAGAGAAGAUAGACGGAGAGACUUGAAUUUUUACCGUAUUCCGAGAGACCCGAAGAGGAGGCCGCGAUUGACUGCUGCAAUUCGACGAGAAAACUGGGCUCCAAACGACUACCACAGAUUAUGUAGUAGUCAUUUUAUAUCUGCGAAAGGCUGUGUUUUCAUUCAUGAGGAUGGACAAAGUUUGGACUACUUAUCAAAAGAUGAGCAGCUACAGCACUUGAUAUUCGACCAUGCUGUGACUAUCGACAACAUGCAGGGCUUUUAUGGAGACCUCCUACAGCCACUCACAGUGUGCGCAUGUGAAGGUUACUGUGGUUCACUGCUCAUAUGUGCAGCCUCCAUGGAGAAUAUCGGCACUCUUAUUGAUGAAGUUAUCAUCAAACAGAUGUUGGCAAGUAUGUUCAGUCACAUGACAUCACGUGUGGAAGAAGAGUGGCUUAUCUCUGUGUCCUACCUUCAGUUUCAUCCAGAUGGCUUAGCAGAAGACCUCCUGAACCAUGACUCACAAACUCUGCAACCUUUCCUUCAUCCGGUCCUUGGAGUAGUUAUCAGAGGUUUGGGCGAGGCGUGCGAUGUGGGCUCUGCAGAUGAAGCCUAUACUCUCUAUAAAGCAUGCCGGGAGGCUCAAAAGGGCAAAGAAGAGUUGAGGUCUAGUUGGCUGUUCACAGUGGCAGUGGAGUGGAAACUCCAAGAAGGUGAUGUGCCCUUUACACUCAAACGUGGCCGACUGCAGGUUUUUGGUCUGGUGGGAGGAGCCGGAGGAACAGACCUCACAAGGUCAGCGCGCAUGUUAUGCCAGGUCAACCCACUGCUGAAGGUUAUGAAUCAAAGCCCCAGUGAAGCCACCAAAACAGACCCACUCUUACAUUUCCUUCUGCGUGACGCUCUCACAGGAAAUCAAAGGACGAGACUCAUUUACUUUAUCAAACCUCAAGGUGAUUUAGAUGACGAAACUCCAUCUGCUUUAGCUUUGGCCCAAAAAGUCAAGCAUUUAACGACAAAGGCCUCUGUAUGUUGCUGGUGUCCAGAGGAAACUCAGCGGGAGAUCCGAAGUCGCAUUGCGGAGCUCAGACAUGUGAUGAUGUCAGAUGUGGCCAGUGGGACGUAUAAUAUCCACAGGCUGGCUGAGCUCAUCCAAAGCCUGCAGAUUGUGAAAGAGCAGUCAUGGAAGAAAAAAAGGGAGGAAUCACAGAGGAUUAAAUUUAAGGUUCAGCAGCUGUGUGGGCCCCAGAAGUGCCAAAUGGACAGCUGCUUAUCUGGGGGUGAACACAUCCAUCACAAAGAGAGUUUAGACACUGCAAAAAACUUGGAGGAAGAGUUGAGGCGGGAAAUGGAGAUGCAUGUAAAAGAGGACCGACGAUGCAUGGAGAAAGUCCAGGAAAGCAUAACGAGGAUCCUGCAGUUGAAGGAUGCUCUCAAAGAGGGACUGAUGAAGAACAUAACUGCAGAAAAAUGUGACCUCUGUCUACAACUAAAUGAUGAGUAUCUGUUUGAAGACAGCCGUGCACAUGAGCGUGGGAAGCAACUGAAGGAGCUCAGUGGGAGCUUAAUUCAGAGGGAGGUGGAGAAAAUGGAGAGAGACUUGGCGGGAGAGCAGCUUUCAAGUGCGGAGAGAGAGUUGCUAGUGCUGAGCAGAGAAAGACAGAUUCUGCUGCUGCAGAUGGAGACCCUGCGAGCGGAAGCUCAGCAGGCUCGCAAGCACCUGCAGGAGCAGCAUCACAAGCACCAAACUGAGCUGCGACGUUGGAGGGAAGACAGUCGCCAGGUGUUCAGGAGAUUUCACGAAUCAAGCGAGGAUCAGAAAAGGAUAUCGGAGGCCAGGUACAAAAGCAUACUUCUGGAGGCUGUGCACGACGCAGUUCAACUGUCUGCUCAGAACCAGCGGCUACAAGCCGACAACAAACAACUUCGUAGAGCUCUGGGAGAGUUAAAGGAUACACUGACCAAGAGAGGCGAGCCGAAGGCUCCAGCAUCCAUCCUGAAAAAUGACUAAAAGAUUUAAGUGUGGAAAUUUACAGGACUAAAUGAAAAACAAAACAAAUUAAGCAUUACUCCUGAACAUAAC